CGAGCCGCGGGGGGUCACGGUGGGGGCGGUGCUGAGCCAGAAGCGCUACGAGCAGGUGUUCAAGGAGGCGGUGCUUCAGGCCAACGCCCUCUACGGCCGCGACCGCUUCCGCAUGAACGCCAUCUCCGUCACGCACAAGCCCAACGCCAUCCAGAUGGCGCUGUCCGUCUGCGAGGACCUCAUCUCCAACCAGGUCUACGCCAUCCUGGUCAGCCACCCUCCUCAGUCCAACGACCACCUGACCCCGACCCCGGUGUCCUACACCGCCGGGUUCUACCGGAUCCCCGUGGUGGGCCUCACCACCCGCAUGUCCAUCUACUCUGACAAGAGCAUCCACCUGUCGUUCCUGCGGACGGUCCCGCCCUACUCGCACCAGGCGCAGGUGUGGUUCGACCUGAUGAGGGAGUUCCGCUGGAACCACAUCAUCCUGAUCGUCAGCGACGACCACGAAGGCCGGGCGGCGCAGAAGAGGCUGGAGACGCUGCUGGAGGAGCGCGAGACCAAGACUAAAAACAGGAACUAUGAAAACCUCGACCAACAGACCUUUGACUUCCGGAGAACGCCCAAGGCGGAGAAGGUUCUGCUGUUCGGUCCCGACACCAACCUGACGGCGCUGCUGCUGGAGGCCAAGGACCUGGAGGCCCGGGUCAUCAUCCUGUCUGCCAGUGAGGACGAAGCGGCCUCGGUCUACAAAGCGGCUCGUCUUCUCAACAUGACGUCUUCCGGCUACGUCUGGCUGGUUGGAGAGAGAGAGAUGACCGGCAAGGCUCUGAGUGAAGCUCCGGACGGCCUGCUGGGCCUCCAGCUGAUCCACGGGAAGAACGAGUCGGCUCACAUCUGGGACGCGGUGGCGGUGGUGGCGCAGUCGCUCAGCGAGCUGUUUGACAAGGAGAACAUCACCGAGCCGCCGCGGGGCUGCGUGGGCAACACCAACAUCUGGAGGACCGGCCCGCUCUUCAAAAGGGUGCUGAUGUCAUCAAAGUUUCCCGACGGGCUGACGGGCCGGAUCGAGUUCAACGACGACGGGGACCGGCGCUUCGCCACCUACAGCAUCCUGAACUACCAGAAGCCCGGGCGCCUGGUCCAGGUCGGGGUCUUCAACGGGUCCCAGGUGGUGAUGAACCCUCAGAGGAAAAUCAUCUGGCCAGGAGGGGAGACAGAGAAACCCGUCGGAUACCAGAUGUCCACCAAGCUGAAGAUCGUCACCAUCCAUCAGGAACCGUUUGUUUACGUCAAGCCCACCAAGCCGGACGGGACCUGCAGAGAGGAGUUCACCGUCAACGGGGUCCUGAUCAAGAAGGUGAUCUGUACCGGACCCAACGGGACCAUCCCAGGGCAGCCCAUCGUCCCUCAGUGCUGUUACGGCUUCUGCAUCGACCUGCUCAUCAAACUGGCCAUGAGCAUGAACUUCACCUACGAGGUCCACCUGGUGGCUGAUGGGAAAUUUGGCACGCAGGAGCGGGUCAACAACAGCAACAAGAAGGAGUGGAACGGCAUGAUGGGAGAGCUGCUGAGCGGCCUGGCCGACAUGAUCGUGGCGCCGCUGACCAUCAACAACGAGCGCGCUCAGUACAUCGAGUUCUCCAAGCCCUUCAAGUACCAGGGCCUGACCAUCCUGGUCAAGAAGGAAAUCCCUCGCAGCACUCUGGACUCCUUCAUGCAGCCGUUCCAGAGCACCCUGUGGCUGCUGGUCGGCCUGUCGGUCCACGUGGUGGCAGUGAUGCUCUACCUACUAGACCGGUUCAGCCCGUUUGGAAGGUUCAAAGUGAACAGUGAGGAAGAGGAGGAAGACGCCCUCACCCUGUCCUCCGCGAUGUGGUUCUCGUGGGGGGUUCUGCUGAACUCUGGGAUCGGAGAAGGGGCUCCCCGGAGCUUCUCGGCCCGGAUCCUGGGGAUGGUGUGGGCCGGAUUCGCCAUGAUCAUCGUGGCCUCCUACACCGCCAACCUGGCGGCCUUCCUGGUGCUGGACCGGCCUGAGGAGCGCAUCACUGGCAUCAACGACCCCAGGCUGCGAAACCCGUCCGACAAGUUCAUCUACGCCACGGUGAAGCAGAGCUCGGUGGACAUCUACUUCCGGCGGCAGGUGGAGCUCAGCACCAUGUACCGCCACAUGGAGAAGCACAACUACGAGAGCGCCGCCGAGGCCAUCCAGGCCGUCCGCGACAACAAGCUGCACGCCUUCAUCUGGGACAGCGCCGUUCUGGAGUUCGAGGCGUCGCAGAAGUGCGACCUGGUGACGACCGGAGAACUGUUCUUCCGGUCCGGCUUCGGGAUCGGCAUGAGGAAGGACAGUCCCUGGAAGCAGAACGUGUCCCUGGCCAUCCUCAGUUCUCAUGAGAAUGGCUUCAUGGAGGAUCUGGAUAAAACCUGGGUUCGGUACCAGGAGUGCGACUCCAGGAGUAACGCGCCCGCUACGCUGACCUUCGAGAACAUGGCCGGUGUCUUCAUGCUGGUCGCCGGCGGGAUCGUGGCUGGAAUCUUCCUCAUCUUCAUUGAAAUCGCCUACAAGCGACACAAAGACGCCCGGAGGAAGCAGAUGCAGCUCGCCUUCGCCGCCGUCAACGUGUGGAGGAAGAACCUGCAGCCAUACCCAACUGACAUCACCGGCCAGCUCAACCUAUCAGAUCCCUCCGUCAGCACCGUGGUGUGAGGGAGGGGGGAGGGAGGGGGGGGGGGGGGGAGG